AUGGCGCCGCUCGCCUCGGCCCUCGCGAUUCCCACAUCAUCAACGUCGAGUCCGACUCGACAGCGGAAGCGGACCGCGCCAACUCGCCGCCCCCGCGCUCCAACGCGUUGCGGCACGGCGGACGUCUCUGAAGCAUCAUCGUCCGGGCCAACCAACCGUUCGGUGGUUGUGAUGUGCCACGGCGUCACCCCGCACGCGCGAGCGGGCCUGUUCUCUGCCGCGAACCUCCUUCAGGGUCGCGUCGACGUGUGGUGCCGGUGCGUCACCGCCGGUCUGUACCUCAGCGACGACGUGCGGCGGGACACCGUCGUGCACCUCGUCAUGCAGUCCGACGACCUCGCGAGCUGUCGCCUCGUGUCCGUCGACGGCGCCCGCGUCGAGGGGCUCGCGCCCGCGGAGAAAAACGUCGCGCUGCUCCUGCAGCGAGCCAUGCAGCACGCAUCGCUCGACCAACUCCCGCUUUUGGCGAGGGACGCGCCGGGAGGACGUCGGAGCCGAGUGGGCGAUGGCGACGGGGAUGAGGUUCGGGAAAAGUCGGCGAGGAACGCGAGAAAGCGCGAGGCAUCGUGGCUUCGCGACCGCCCCGGCAGCGCCGGACCCGUCCCGGGGAUCGCCGUGUCCGAUCACCAAUCGUUGGAGACGUGCCUGCGCGACGCGCUGCGGGGCUGCGGCGCGGUGGCGCUGCUCGACGUGGACGGCGACGACGCCAGCUGUGUCCUCGCGCGGCCUCCGGACAACCCGGACAACGGCGACGGCUUCGCCGUCGUGGUCGGGGACGGGUCGGGGGUGACGCCGGACGAGAGGCGGACGCUCAUGUUCGUCUUCGGGGCGGUGUUGAUGGCGCUCGGUGGGGGAAGGAUGCUGCUGGCGAGUCACUGCGUGGUGCUGGCGCACGCGGCGCUGGACGGCGAGGAGGCCCGGCGUCGACGGAUGGGGACUAGUCUACGAGGGUGA